AUGAUUGGCAGCGAUUCGCAUAGAGAUGCCGUCCGUAUUAGACAAUUGUGUUUCUCGUAUAGUAAUUGCGAUCGCAUUCUCGAUGACAUCGAGCUAUCGGUGCCGAGGACUCGCAUCUAUGGCCUGUUAGGGCCCAGCGGUUGCGGCAAAACUACUCUAUUAAAGUGCAUAUUGGGUCGCCUAAAGCCGGACAGCGGAGACAUAUGUAUAUUUGGUGACAAACCGAGCAAAUGUCAUAUACCGGGAGCCGGUGUCGGAUAUAUGCCCCAAGAGAUAGCCCUAUACCAGGAUUUCACAAUUGGGGAACUUCUCAGAUAUUUCGGCAGAAUAUUUGCUAUGAAUUGCCGGGAAAUUGAGGCCAAAAUCCAGGAACUCAUAAAUUUGUUACAAUUGCCAAAGAAAAGCACAUUAAUUGGAAAAAUAUCGGGCGGCCAACAGAGGCGGACAUCCCUGGCCUGUGCUCUCAUACACUCUCCGCCGCUAUUAAUACUGGACGAGCCAACGGUGGGCACCGAUCCUAUACUGCGGCAGACAAUAUGGUAUCACUUGAAGUGGUUGUGCCGCUCGGGUCUCACCAUAAUCUUGACCACACAUUACAUAGAGGAGGCGCGCAGUGCGGACACAGUGGCCUUCAUGAGGUGCGGCAAAAUACUGGCCGAAGACAACCCCAACCUAUUGCUCGACAAAUACCUGAUGACCAGUUUGGAGGACGUAUUUCUCCGGUUGUGUCAUUUGGACGGCAAGAUUGGCAACAAUUCGGACGACAUAUCGCUUCUCACGAGUGAUAAAAAAGAGACAAAAAUAUAUUACGAAAACCAAUUAUCUCUGGAGGAGAAGGAGGACACGACCGGCACGACAACUGUCCCGUCGGUGAACUCGAGUUCGAAGUCGUCGUCGUUGAUACUGCAGAGCAGCGCCGGAAGUGCUGAUUGUGAUAAUAAAAGUACGGAUCAAAGUCUGGAUAUGAAUGGCAUAACAAGCGAUAACAAUAUCCAUAAUAAUAUUAAACACAAUAAUUGUGUUUACAUUAAGAUAACUGAUGAGAGUGUUGUCACCACAAAGACAGUCAACAACACAUCAGUGGCGACAGCACUGGACGUCACCGAAAAGCUGUUGCUGUCCACCACUGGAACCAAUGCGGAGACUGUCCUCAGCAUUAAAAACUUCAAAGAUGGUUCACUCAAAGAUGUUCGGCGCUUACUCCCGGCCCUACAGGUGGCCCUCUUGUUGAUCAGUAUCAGCUCCGGGCCGACAGACCUCAAUCUGGCCGUCAUUGACGAAGAGUCGCGUAACAAUCGCACCAACAAUUGGGGCGAACUAUUCCUCCAAUGUCUGGACAAUCGGACCUUUAAUAUCAAACAUUACGACUCCUUCGAGGCGGCCAUCGGAUCGGUAGAGUCGGGCCACUCGUACGCUGCCGUCGAGAUUAACGACCGAUUCUCUGCGGCGCUUCGGUUGAGACACCUCUACGGCAACGAUGCCGACGAAGAGACCAUUGAAGACAGUCAGAUACGGAUACACAUUGAUUGGUCCAAUCAGGCGAUCGGCGCCCAAAUUGAGCGCAACUUCUACGACGGCAUGAAGAGGUUCGCCGAAGAGGUGGCCGUGCGGUCCAACAUCAACCCGGACACCAUCAAAGUGCCCAUGGUGUUUGAACAGCCCGUGUACGGCCAUCGGGACGAGUCCAUGAGGGACUACGUGCUGCCCGGCUGUUACAUACUGUUGGCCUUCUUCGCCACCAGUGCUGUCACAUCGCACCUGAUUAUGGACGAGCGUCGCGACGGUCUCAUCGAGCGCUCACUCGUGGCCGGAGUGACGGCCUUUGAGUUCCUGUUGUCGCACGCGUUGACCCAAUUCCUGAUACUUAUGAUGCAAAUAUCAUUCAUGCUUUUGAUGCCACACCUGCUCUUCCAUCGGCCCCUCAACUGUUCCCUAUCGGCGGUCAUCGCUCUGGCGCUGUCCCAAGGCUUCUGCGGCAUCACCUUUGGUCUGAUGAUAUCGGCCAUCAGUUCCGACAUCAUCUACGCGGCGAUGUUUAUCAUAUGCAUGUUCUUCGUCAGCAUUAUCAUCGGC